CUGGCCGUCUUCGCUCGCGCCGCGUCCGGCCCCGCCCUCCCCGCCCGCUCGACUCUGUGGAGGGGCUGCGGCUUCGGGGGCUGGUGACCGCCGGCGGGACAAUGGGGACCCGCGACGACGAGUACGACUAUCUCUUCAAAGUUGUGCUGAUUGGAGACUCUGGAGUGGGGAAGAGUAAUCUUCUGUCGCGCUUCACCCGCAACGAGUUCAACUUGGAGAGCAAGAGCACCAUCGGCGUGGAAUUUGCAACCCGCAGCAUCCAGGUGGAUGGAAAGACGAUCAAAGCACAGAUCUGGGACACAGCCGGGCAGGAGCGGUACCGAGCCAUCACAUCCGCGUACUACCGCGGUGCCGUUGGGGCGCUUCUGGUGUAUGACAUCGCCAAACACCUGACUUACGAGAAUGUGGAGCGCUGGCUGAAGGAGCUGCGGGACCACGCGGACAACAACAUCGUCAUCAUGCUGGUGGGCAACAAGAGCGACCUGCGCCAUCUGCGGGCCGUGCCCACAGAUGAGGCCCGGGCUUUUGCAGAAAAGAACAAUUUGUCUUUCAUCGAGACUUCGGCCCUGGACUCGACCAAUGUAGAAGAAGCGUUCAAGAACAUCCUCACAGAGAUCUACCGCAUCGUGUCACAGAAGCAGAUUGCUGACCGCUCCGCUCACGACGAGUCUCCUGGCAACAACGUGGUGGACAUCAGCGUUCCUCCCACCACCGACGGACAGAAAUCCAACAAACUGCAGUGCUGUCAGAACCUGUGACUGCCUGUCCACGUUCUCUACUGUUCCCUCUCCCCCGCCUCCCCUCACAUUGCCUGUGCUUCAGUUUGAAAUUUGUGUGCAUUCCUUUCUAGUGUCUCCUGUGAUUGUGACCCCCCCGGCGCCCCGUUCCUCCCCCGGCCCCUCCCAUUUUAGAGCUUUAACUGUCGGGCUAACAUCCCUCCCCUCUCAGACCCUCUUUAGUUGGGAUGACUUGCAGGCUUGGGACAUAGGCACUGAUGUGAUCGGUAGGAAUGGGUUUGUGGUGGGAUAGACACCAAACGCCCGCGUCCCCCUGCCCCUUCCCCAGACAUGCCCCUCUACCAAAUGUCCUUUCGCUGGGAGGGGAGGAGGAGGAAUGAAGACUUGGUUGAUUGCCGCUGAAGAAUCCCUGCACUUAACCUACUUUCUCACAUAACCAAACUUCUACACAGCCCUGAUUUCAGAAAAAGGGAGGGGAGGGGAGAAAUGAGGCGAAAGUCCUUUUGACCAAACCUCCUGUUCUGUCCUGUGAAAAGUCUGCUGUCCCCCUGGGAUGGGAGGCUUUCUUCCUUUGUGGCAGCACCCCCAUAAUAAGGCUCCCGAGAAACACCCCAUCUUCGUGCUGUUCCUUCUCACACAGCUCGUGUGUGUCUUGCCAGGAGGAUUACAGGUGUGUUGGAGGAGAGGGCAACAUGAGGGCCCUGGUCUCUCGGGGUGGGUUGGAAAGAGGAUGUGGUUUGAAUAUUUAUAUUAUUUGCUUCCUGUCUAAUAAUCAGCGUUCAGUUAAGUGCCAGCGUGUUAUUGGGAACCAUGUUUGCAAAGCUUCAACACCACUUCUUUCUGUACUUUAUUGUCCGGGGAAAAACACCUUUCUAGGCUGUCUUUUCAACCUCGUUGGCAUGUAGCUUUCUCUUAACCCUGUAGCCUGAGCCCCUUUUGAGAGUGAAGCAAUAUUUCCGUGUCUUGUAUAUAACUGCACCCGUAGUUUCUGGAUUUUGUUGUUGUAGCGAAACACAGACCCUGUAUACAUUUUGUAAGAUUUUGGCCCGAUUGUAGCAUCUUGACCUCCCGUUUUUCCCAUCUCAUCGCCAUUCACUAUUCACCUCAUAAGCUAUCGAUAUUUUUUCCCUCGACCUUUACUCAGGCGAAUGAUUCCAUUUCCUGUAUUCCAAAUGUGCACUUCCUCUCUGUCCUAUUUCUCCAGCUCCAGGCUCGUUGUUUAUGCGAUGUCAGCCCCUCACCGCUAAGUCCCGGGCCACUGGUAACCUGGACCACCCACGGCUUUGCGGAAUCUGGGCUUGGUUAGGAAUCACUAAAGCGAAGGUUCAACCGUCAUCUACCUGAGUGCCCGCGGUUUCCACCUGUGGCUUCCCGGGUGGGUAGGAUUCUCCCAAGGGAAGGACUCGGAAUGCACUCCGGCGUUCCGUCUCUUCCAGUCCCCUGCAGCCCUGUUGCAGAAUCCCCAUCCCUGUUUGCGGUGGCUGCCUUGCAUGUCGGUUUGUGCUCCUGGUGCGGUCUGUACUUACUCUCCGAGUUCCGUUAGGUGUAGCUGACAUUCCAGUCUCUACUGUUUUGUAGUUGGUUAUGUAAUAAAAUGAAGGGAAUCACUCUA